AAAGAGACAAAGAUUCGUGGAAUAUGAAUCCAACCGUUACAUGGUUUAAUUUUAAAACCUAUGGAAUGUUUUAUAACCAACCAAACAUUCUCGUGAAGCUUAGACCCAGCAUUUCAGCUCCUCAAGAAUCCAAUCUCUCUCUCUCUCUCAACACAUUAAAACAAAGGAUCCCCGUGAUGAAGAGCCCUCAAAUUUCACGAGUUUCAUCUUCUUUCUCAGAGCUCAGAGUUCCAUCUCCAAAACCCAGUUUUGAAUUCUUUGAAACUCCUACAAAUACCCCACAAUUCUUUCACCAAACCAUGAAUCCAAACCAGAGCACCAUUGUUUUAGUGCACUUCAAUGGGAGCCAAAACGCAAUUUUUUUUUGCCACCUUUUGCUUGUGCUUUGCUUGCCACCAUGCUCAGAGUCUUCAAACAUACAUAGUCCAACUCCACCCACAAGGAACAACCAGCUCUCUAUUCACUUCUAAGCUUCGCUGGCAUCUCUCUUUCCUUGAGCAAACUGUUUCAUCAGAAGAAGACCCUUCUUCUCGACUCCUCUACUCUUAUCAUUCCACAAUGGAAGGAUUUUCAGCUCAACUCUCUGAGAACGAGCUUGAGUCAUUGCGAAACUUGCCUGAUGUUAUUGCAAUUAGACCAGAACGGAAGCUCCAACUUCACACCACUUACUCCUACAAAUUCUUAGGACUCAGCCCCACGAAAGAAGGUGCAUGGUUUAAGUCUGGUUUUGGUCGAGGAACGAUAAUUGGAGUGCUUGACACGGGUGUUUGGCCAGAAAGCCCAAGCUUCGAUGAUCACGGAAUGCCCCCCGUUCCCCCAAAGUGGAAGGGUAUAUGCCAGGAAGGGCAAAGCUUCAAUUCAUUGAACUGUAACCGAAAAAUCAUUGGAGCAAGGUUCUUCAACAGGGGCCAUCGUGUGGCUUCAAUGUCGUCAUCUUCAGCUAUGGUUGUCGAAUAUGUGUCACCACGUGACUCCCAUGGGCACGGGACACACACGUCAUCAACGGCUGGGGGAGGUUCAGUUCCAAUGGCCAGUGUGCUCGGUAAUGGGGCUGGUGUAGCUCGAGGAAUGGCACCCAAUGCCCACAUUGCCAUUUACAAGGUGUGCUGGUUCAGUGGCUGUUACAGCUCUGACAUCCUUGCAGCAAUGGAUGUUGCAAUUAGAGAUGGAGUCGACAUCCUCUCACUCUCCCUAGGUGGCUUUCCAAUACCAUUCUUCGAUGACAGCAUUGCUAUCGGCAGCUUCCGAGCAAUGGAACAGGGAAUUUCAGUCAUAUGCUCUGCAGGAAACAACGGUCCUCUCCAAAACUCAGUUGCCAAUGAGGCUCCUUGGAUUGCCACAGUUGGUGCUAGCACACUUGACCGCAGAUUUCCAGCCAUAGUUCAAAUGGGAAAUAGAGAAACCCUCUAUGGGGAAUCAAUGUACCCUCGGAAAAAGGUUCCAAAUGCUGGGAAAGAGCUCGAGCUUGUUUACAUCACGGGUGGGGACAGAGGAAGUGAAUUUUGCUUCCAAGGGUCUCUUCCAAAAGAAAGAGUUCGUGGCAAAAUGGUGGUCUGUGACCGGGGCGUCAAUGGAAGAGCAGAGAAAGGGCAAGCUGUGAAAGAAGCUGGUGGUGCUGCAAUGAUUUUAGCAAAUACAGAGAUUAAUCUAGAAGAAGACUCAGUUGAUGCACAUGUCUUGCCUGCAACAUUGAUUGGAUUUGCAGAAUCAGUCCGUUUGAAGACUUACAUGAACUCCACCAGGAGACCCAAAGCUCGAAUUGAAUUCGCAGGAACUGUUAUGGGCAGAUCCUACAGGGCACCAGCAGUUGCCCAGUUUUCUUCGCGAGGACCAAGCUUAACAAAUCCUUCCAUCCUCAAACCGGACGUCAUUGCUCCAGGGGUGAACAUCAUCGCUGCCUGGCCCCAAAACUUGGGUCCGAGCGGCCUUCCAGAAGAUUCUAGAAGAGUGAAUUUCACUGUCAUGUCAGGCACUUCCAUGGCUUGUCCUCAUGUCAGCGGAAUAGCCGCCCUUAUCCACUCAGCUCAUCCCAAUUGGACCCCAUCUGCAAUUAAAUCUGCAAUUAUGACGACAGCUGAUGCUACUGACCAUUUGAGACAGCCGAUCCUUGAUAGAAACAAACCUGCAGGAGUUUUUGCAAUUGGGGCAGGACAUAUAAACCCAGAAAGGGCAAUCAACCCAGGCUUGAUAUAUGACAUUAGGCCACAUGAGUACAUUACUCAUCUGUGCACUCUGGGAUACACAACAUCAGAAAUUUUCACCAUUACUCACAGGAAUGUAAGCUGCCAUGAAAUUUUUCCGGAGAGUAGGAGUUUUAGCCUUAAUUACCCCUCUAUCUCCAUCGCAUUCAGGCGUGGGAUGACACAAAAGAUGAUCAAAAGGCGAGUAACAAAUGUGGGGAGCCCCAAUUCCAUUUACUCAGUGAAAGUGAUCGCACCUGAGGGAGUCAGAGUGAGAGUAAAACCACGAAGGCUAAUAUUCAAACAUAUAAACCAGAGUCUGAGUUACAGAGUGUGGUUUACUUUGAGGAGGAGGGCAACAGGAACAAAGAAGGUAAGCUUUGCUCAAGGGCAGUUGACAUGGGUGCAUUCUCCAGAUGGCCAUUACAGGGUUAGAAGUCCUAUUUCAGUGACUUGGGCGCACAAGUAG